UCCGGCGCUUCAGGCUGUCCGGGAGGAUCCGGGGCUGUCAGCUCGCGUCCUGCUCGGUGCCUGCCACCCCGCUGCGCGCACCAUGGCCGCCCCGCCGCAGCUGCAGACUCUGCUCCUUGCGGUCAACGCACUGUUGCGCAAACGCCGCUACCACGCUGUGUUGGCUAUGCUUAAGGGCUUCCGGAACGGGGCAGUCUAUGGAGCCAAAAUCCGGGCCCCUCACGCACUGGUCAUGACCUUUCUCUUCCGGAGUGGCAGGUACCCAUCCCCUCGUCACACCCCUCAAACUAGGAGAGAGUGUGGUCAGCUCUCAGUGCCAGGACUGUUGAGCCUCCAGGAGAAGCUGCGCGCCAUCCUACAGGCCACGUACACCCACUCCCGGAACCUGGCCAGCUUUGUGUUCACCUACAAGGGACUUUGCGCCCUGCAGUCCCACCUGCAGGGGGAGACCUACCAGGUGCACUCAUUCCUGGCUGCCUUCAUUGGGGGCUUGCUGGUAUUUGGAAACAACAGUACCAUCAACAGCCAGAUCAACAUGUACCUGAUGUCACGCAUCCUGUUUGCCCUGUGCCGCCUGGGCAUGGAGAAGGGCUACAUCCCCGAGCCCAGGUGGGAACCAUCCCGGUUGUUCAGCGGGCUGGUGUGGGGGUUGGUGCUGUGGCUCUUCGAGUACCACCGGCCCACGCUGCAGCCCUCGCUGCAGUCCUCCAUGACCUACCUGUAUGAGGACAGCAACGUGUGGCACGACAUCUCAGACUUCCUCAUCUACAACAAGAGCCGCCCCUCCAAGUAACGCAGCCCCCAGGUGCUCAUGGAGACCCCACACCCAAGUCGGUGCUGGAUGGUGUCCAGCCGUGCCUUGAGAUUGGCUCCAUCAGCGAAUCAUCCCAGAGGAGCCUGCCUUUUCCAGAUCUGGCAUCUCAGACUCUAACUUUUAUUAGCCCAGGGUUCCUUUUGCCAAAGCAAAAGCACUGAUUUUCAGAUCCCAUUAGGUACUCUUGACUGGUGGAACACAGCAGAAUCGGGCUGAGGAACCUUGGGUGUGAUGACAGCUGGGCUGCUGAUUGUGUGAGACCAGGGAAAGUCACACCCCAGCCUGGGCCUCGGGGGUCAUCCAGCUCAGAGGAGGGCACUGCCAUCUCUUUCUGGUGGGUAUGUUCUUUGACUGUUCUUAUGUAACAGAGGGGCUCCUGGCUGGUAGGCAGUGGGUUACAAAUGUGUUCUUAGAAACUACUCAGUUCCUUGUCUUAGAUGUUCUGUUAGAGAAGCUCUAGACUUUACACUGUCCAGUAGAAACACAAUGUGAGUCAUAUAUGUGACUGAAAUUUUUUUGUAGCCACAUUUUUUAAAAAGUGGAAAGAGGCAGGUGAGAUUAAGUUGAAUUUUAUCUUUUAACCUAAUUUUUCUAAAAUAUCAUUUCAACAUGUAAUACAUAUAAAAAUUAAUGAGAUUUUUACAUUCUCUUUUUCUUGUACUAGGUCAUCAAACUCAGGUGUGUGUUUUACACUUACAGCGUUUCUCAAUUUGGAUCAGCUACAUUUCAAGUGCUCAGUAGCCACGUGUGGCUAGUGGCUACAGUAGUGGACCACACAGAUAUACAACACUAUAUCCUCACAGAAAAUUCUAGUGGACAGUGCAGAUAUAGAGCCAGAGGACAUGGGUGUGAGUCCCCACUCCACCACUGUGUAACCUUGGGGAAGGUUCUUAACCUCUUAGAGCCUCAGUUUUUAGUAAAGUGAGGAUAAUCGUAAUAGUACGUGGUGUCCACACUGGACUUGUGUAACUAUGACAGCUGCUUGUGCUACUAAUUACUUCCAUAUAGUGAGUUCCUACUCCUCCUGGGUGCUUUGCACAAAAUAUUUUUAAUCCAUACAGUGACUUUGCAGGUAUGUAUUUUGAUCCCCAUUUCACAGAUGUGGAAAGUGAGGAUCAGAGAGGAGAAGUAACUUGCCCAAGGUAACACAGCUAGAAUGAUAGCCAAAUGCGGGUUUGAACUGAGAUCUAUGUGAUUUCAAAGUUCAUGGUUUUUUUUCAGUGCCUUACUUUAAAUUUAGAAAGCUAAGUUAUGCUAUGCAAAUGUUAGCUAGUUAUAGGGGUACAAAAUCAAAUGCCUACAGGGACCUGGCAAGUGGCAUAAAUGAUAAUGUUCUGGGUGCUAUGUGGUGGGGAGUGAUGGAGAUGUGGUGAACUGGAGACUUGUGUGUCAGACUGAUUGUUUAAAACCACCAAGCUGGACAAAUCAAUCCAGUCUCCAGGGGAUUUGGUCCACAGACCACCAAUUUGAGACCCUUGGUCUAGUAGGAAUACUUCAAUCUCUUUUUGUAUUUUGGAAGUUACUAGUAGAAAUAUCUACAUGAGUCACUGGAGAUCUUAUUAAAAUGCAAAUUCUGAUUCAGUGGAUUUGGGGUGGGGCCUGAGAUUCUGCAUUUCUCACAGGCUCCCGGAUUCUGCUGCUGCUGCUGUUCUGAGCUACACCUUGAGUAACAAGGCCAUAGGGAUGAUACAGGGCUAGCGGGUAUCCCAUGUGACAAAUGAGAAAACUAAGUCACAGAGCUAUUAGGUCAUCAAGAUGGGAUUUGGUCUGAUUCUAACUGCUGUGUUCUGAGCCACCAUGUUGUACUGUGAGCUUGGAGGGGGUGAUCUUGAAGGCUCCUUAGUUCAGUCUGUGGAGGCUGAAUGAGGUCCCAAGGUAAUUGGGAAGGGGGAGUGGGUCCAUCAGCACGUGGGUUUUAUAGCAGCCACUGGGGUGCCCCACCCACAUCCUGUCUACCUUACCCUUUCAGUGCACACCAGCCUCCCAACUGCCUCCCUGUGUCUUUCCGCCUAAGGGCUCCUCACUUGCUCUUGGCACCUGCUUUGCCAGCCUGCACCAGACCUGCAGCGCUGGAGGAUGAACACAUUCUGGGAGCAGCCCUCAACCAGAGACAUGAGUAGCUCCACUCCUGCACCCCUCACCAAGCUGUCACUGGCACCCAGAGCACCCCUCUGGAAGCCCUCAGGCAGGACUGAGCUCUAGUUGCCCACAGUGGUCACUUACUUGAUAACACCUCCUCCCCUGUCUCCCUUCCUCAUGCCCCUGAUAUUGCUUCCUGGGACCAUUUCCCACUCAAAACCUUGUCUUGGGGUCUGCUAUUGUGGGAAUCCAAACUAAAAUUGGCCUCUGGUACAGCAGGUUGAGAGGCAGCAUAAUAUGGUGGUCAAGGACAUAGGCUUUGGAGCCAGAGUGUCUGGGUUCAGCCCUGGCCCCAUUGUUUCUUUGGGAAUGUGACUUAACCAUCCUGUGCCUCUGUUUUGUCAUCUGUAAAAUAGGCAUUUUAAUAGCACACACCUCAUGGGUUGCCUGGAGAAUUAAAUGAUACGAUGCCUUUAAAGUAAGCACUCGGUUAAUGUUUGCUGUUACUUCCAAUAUGUCAUCUGAAUGUAAAAGGAGGAGGCAUGGUCCUGAGAACUGCGUACACCCUGCUUUUAGCUUGUCCAACCCCCCCCCCCCCCAGCUGAAGGUAAAGCCUUGGCUGCCUGCCCUCCUGACUUCCCCCGACUGCUGCUGGGGGUGGGCCGUUUCCACCACCGACUGUCUCUGCUCUCUAAGAAUAGGUUCCCCUCACAGAUGGCAUCUCUCUGGAUCCUGCCAAAGCAUCUGGUGCCUCCAACUGCUCACUCCAGGGAGGAAGGCGGUAUGGUCCUCAUGGAGGAGCAGAGCUCCGGCUCCUGGAAGGGGUCCCCACUCAGCUCCUUCCCCGCCAAGCCUCCAUUUCUGUAAGAUCUGGAAAAUGGGGAUUGCCAGAGGGCCCUUGGCACACAGCAGGCACUCCGUAAAUGCUAGUUCCUAAAACAGCACAGUGUUUUAACAUGUACUUAUUAAGCACCUGCUACAUUCCUGUGAGGUCUUCUGACAUGCAGGGCUGUAAACAAAAAGUAUUUCAUCAGUAAUACACAUACAUAGUCAAAACUUAAAUGGUACAGAAGGUGUAUGACAGAAAGUGUAUGUCAGGUUCCCCCCACACCCCAGCUCCACCCACCUCCCCCCAGCCCCAGCCAGGGGCACUCACUGUCAGCACUUUCUAGUGCAGCCACCUAGCUCUGUCUUAGAAGAAACUUUUACACUGCACUGUCAUCUCAAGAACUCUUUGACAUGUCCUCCUUGUCCUCUGCGUGUUUGGUUUCUCUUUGAUUAAUAAUCUGAUACAAAAGUGAGUCCUUCCUUUGAGCCGGUUCCCCCCAACACAAACCUCCACUCCGUCCCCAGAUAUCUCAGGCAGGUCCUUACUGUGAUCAGCGUGAAGACCAAACACCCUAGAUGUCCUGAGCCUUAUCGUAGAUGAUGCUAGACACUCAGGCCCGCAGAGUGAAAGGGGAAGGACACAACUGGAGUUAAUCUGGAACCUUUUUGCUGCUCCGCUUCCAAAUUAGAGGUCGUUCAGGAACCCAUGUGAGAGCGAUGAUUCACAGGCUAAGGCGCCAAGAAGACGCCUCUGUGAUGCUCACGGCUCCUGCCUUCUGCAUCGCAGCUCCAGAAAGGAUCCUGGAGAUGGCGUGUCUGCCUGCAUUGUUCACUUCUCCCACUCUCGUGAGUGUGUUUUGGGUUUAUAAAAAUCCGGCUUUAAACCUGACACCCGCCUAAACCAGCACAUUGUGCUGUGCUCCGCCUCCUGGAGCCAACAGCCCGUGACUUCCGAUGGGUUGCUUUCUGUGACGAAUUACAGGGCAUUUAUAAAACGGUAUUUUUUUCCUCUCCCCUUGUCUUGUUCCAGAUUCGUAGGGAUAGAAUGUGUCUUCUUUCGGCCUUGAAAAGCAUCUUGGGUGAGAGGGUUUUAAUUUUAACCAGAGGUCUCCUGCAAGACUCUUUCAAGCUGGAGGCCACACGGGCCCCGAUCAAAGACAGAGGGACAGCUGGGCUCUUCUGAGUAUUGUUCUUAGAGAGGGCGCCCUGCUUUCUGUUACAUGUCUCUGCUCACAAGCUCACAGACAAGAUUGGAGCAGGCAGAACUGAGAUGCAGGUCGUGGGCUCUCUAUCGGAAACCUUGUUCGCCCUGCUCUUCCCGGCUCCCCCUUCAGCUCUCCUCUUGGGCUGGACGUCAGCUGAGAGAGGGCUCCAGGCCAGACCACAUCAGCAAUUUUAAUACACUCCUUUUUAGGGUGUCUUUUUUGUGUGUGUCAUGAACCCUUUUGGCAUCUGGUGAAGCCUACGGACGCUUCUCAGAAUGCUGUUUUUAAAACCCAGAAAAUACAAUAGGAUUACAAAAGACAACAAUUAUAUUCAAUAUGAAAUCAUUAUCAAAAUAUUUUUAAAACCUGUGAUUUAGCAGUGUAUGUUCUUUUUAAAUUUGUUUUUAUUUUUUAUUUUGGGGGGGAGAUAAUUAGGUUUAUUUAUUUACUUUGAUGGAGGCCCUGGGGAUUGAACCCAGGACCUCGUGCAUGCUAUGCAUGCACUCUACCACUGAGCAUACCCUCCCAACUCUGUUCUUUUUUAACAUAUGUAAAUAACAAGAUCUAGUAGCAGGUCCAAAACUUCCACGAUUUUACAGACACAAUAAGCAUAAACAGUAUCUCAACAUCUCCGCAGCUGUGAUUUUUCUUGGUGAUAAAGUCCCAGGUUGCUGCUAACAGGCCUCUCGUUUGUUGCCUACCUUCAGAAUUGAAGGAAAUGUUACAUUUCAGUUAAAGACUCGUGAAAAGAUAGAUGUAAUUUUUUUUCCCCAGGUUCAGGGAACUUGGGUUCAUGAAUCACAGAUUCGGAAUUCCUGCUGGAGAGUAACCUUCCCAGCCUGACCCUGUGACAGCUGACAUUGUGUACCCAGCCCUGAGCGUAGGAAUAGUAAAAAUAAUGGCUAAUACUGGCUGAGUUCUUGCUAAGUACUAGGUACCAGGUGAUAUUAGAGUCUAGGAUUUAGCCAUGAAAGAAGCCAGUUCCUGCUCACCUGGGGCUUACCGUGCAGGGAGGGAAGACUGAAUACACAAAUAUACAGAUGAAUAUACAAAUUUGAUCAUUUCAGAGUGGGGGGGCGCUAGGAAGUUAUUAAUACAAACAGUGUAACAGGAUGACUUGGAAAGAGAAUGGCACGGCCUGUUUUCCAGGGAAGGCCUCUCUGAGAAGGUGAUGUUUGCUCUGAGACCCAAAUGAUGAGGAGAGAGCAUGCAGAAAUGUAGAGGAAGCGGGUUUACAGCACAGGAUCUGCAAAGUGCACAGGUCCUGAGGAGGGAACAGCUAAAAGCAUUCCAGGGCCUGGCAGGAAGUCCACGUGGCUGGGACAGACUGCAGGGUCUUGGAGUACGGGAGAUGGAGUCCCAGAGGCUGGCUGCGCCCAUUAGGCAGGCAUCAUGGGCCAGAAUAAGGGGUUUGCGUUUUCCUCUAAGUCUGAUGGGCAGCCUUUGACAGGUUUAAGCAGGAGAGUGAUGUGAUUUACGUUUGGGAAAGAUCUUUCUAGCUGUGUGUGGAGAACGGAGUGUAGGGGGCCAGGCUGGCCACAUGGAUCCAGUGAGGAAGCCAGAGUGGUCCCAGGGAGAGACCAUGACAGCCUGGACCAGGGUGGGGCCACAAGGUGGUGACAAGUGGGUAGAUCUGGGGUGUAAUUUGGAGAGAGACUCAGUGGGCCCAGAGCUUAUUGGAGGUGGGGGUGAAAGAGGGGUAUAGCAAAUCACCCCCAUGUUCCCCCUCCUUAGGCCUUCCCCCUUCAGCUGAGAAACAGGUCCCCCCUCGCCUCCUUGGCCCCCUAGGGCCCUCCACAGCCCCUCUGGGGCCAGCCACCCGCCCACUGGGCCCCUGGCAUGCGAGCUUCCCAGCUGGCCCCGAUUGUUGUUACUCCCCAGGGAGUCAUGGGAACACACUCCCCCUGCCCCCUCCGCCCCACUCUUCCCAGACAGGGCCAGGCCCUAACAAUGCCCCUCAGCCAGCCAGUGGCCUGGACACAAUGCCCCUGUUUCGGUUCAUUGCCAGCUCUAGGAGGCCUGCUGGGUUUCCUGGCCUGUUUGGCAUAUAUAUAACUCUGGCUUCCAGCAGGGAUUUUUUGUUGUUGUUGUUAAAAAAAAAAAAAAAAGAGAGAGAGAGAGAAUCUCUGGCUCCUCCUCCCUGAAUAUCUUAAUAUAUUAUAAAAAGCCUUUCUCUUCCCACCCUGAGCCCUCCCUACUCCCCUCCCUGACCGCAUUUGCCAUGUGCCUGUCAGCCCGGGGACCAAAUGCAGGCCAGCAGGUGUCAGCGAGAAAAUGAGAAAAAGAAAGAAAAGCGGCUUGCUCCACCAUGGCCGACCUCAAAUGUGCUGGGGAGGCUGGAGAUGACCGAACAAUGAGGGCCUGGGACAGGGCAGGCACCCAGCCCAGCGCUUUUCAUGUACCUUGUCUCAUGAAGAUGCCAUCAAA